CCCUCAGAUUUGGCCUAGUCCGACCGAAAUCCCCGUGAACAAACUCCUUGACGUAGGCCUCUCGCGGCUGAGCCAACUCGUCUUUAAUUUCGAAAUUUCCCUUUAAAUAGAACAGUACGGCAGAGUGUCUGAUCAUGAGGGAGAGAGGGGUGGAAAUGGAGAGAGAGAAACUCUUUACAUGUGGGUAGGCGGCUCUCUCUAACUGCUCACAGAUGUCUGUGGAGAGGUUUUCAAUGAAUGAUUCAUCCAGUAGUCCGAGGCAUGCAGAACAAACUGGAGCGGCAGAUUCCUCGUUUUCUGGUUCGUUCUCAGUGGUUUCGUCUGGUGGUGAGGUGUAUUUAUCUCCACCCUCCAUCUCAGUCUUUGGCGAGCUCCUCUCUGAAUCAGAGCCGAUG